GUCAGGUCGUCCACACUCCGCAAGCAGGUCACGACUAAAUAUAACCCGGAGGGCUCAGGAGCCUGCAAAAACAAAAACCACGCAGUGCAGUCUGCGAGGUGGAGCGCUCGGCAGAACACUGUCACGUGAACAGUUCGUUCGACAUAUUUAGAAAUGGAUGACUUGGAGCGAGAGGGUAUAAAUGAGGAGCUGAUUCAGUUUGCCAUUCGAGAGAGCGUUCAAGACGCAGUCAGGCUGCCAUGUUCAGCACAAACACACAGGAAAGACCCAAACAGUGAAGACUUUGUGAAGAUAAUGGCGGCCAUUUAUAAAGGUGAUGUGUGUGCACUGCAGGAGCUCUCAGGCUGCGUGUCGGCCUUCAGAGUGAGCGACAGCAGGGCCCGGCUGCCUCUGCACGUAGCAGCUGUGCAGCCGCAGCCGGAGAUCCUGCAAGCGGUGCUGCAGGUGCUGGUGACGUCCACGGAGCUGACCCUGGAGCAGCAGACGCAGGACGGGGACACGGCUCUGACUCUGGCGGUGGAGGCCGGCCUGGUGGACAACGUCAGGAUGCUGCUGCAGCACGGGGCCUCACCACACAGCACCAACAGCAGGAACGAGUCCCCUCUGCUCAUUGCCGUAAGAGAAAGGUCAUAUGACAUGGCUCUAUCCCUCAUCAUGGGAGGGGCCUAUGUGGAGCAGGUGUGUCUCACCAGGUGCACGGCCAUCCAUGAAGCUGCAAAGGUGGGUUGUCCAGCCAUCGUGGCGCUGCUGCUUCGACACGGAGCCAAAGUGACAGGCCGAGACGGACACGGGGUGACACCUCUGGGGGUUGCGGCUGAAUACGGCAACACCGAAGCAUUGGACCUGCUCAUACAGAACGGUACACGUGCUCAAACGCUGUCAAGAAACCCACUGUGUGCACAGUACCUCAAGACCCCGAUGUAUUGUCCCUGUCCUCCACUAGGUGGCGACGUGAACGCCCAGGCCAGCAACGGAGACACGGUCCUGUACGACGCGUCGGGAUCUGGAAACCUGGACUGCAUCAAGCUGCUCCUGCAGCACGGAGCCAACCCCAACGUGGCCAGCUAUGCCUGCCAGCUGCCCAUCCACAGAGCCGCAUACGAAGGACACACACUAGCCCUGAGGACUCUCAUCCCCAUCACCACAAAGCGAGCGAUCCGUCUCUCAGGCCAGAGCCCCGUCCACUCAGCAGCUGACGGGGGACAGGUUGAGUGUCUGGAGCUGCUCAUACAGAGAGGAUAUGAUGUCAGCGCCCUGCUGCACACGCACAUCUCUGAGAACUACGGGGACCUCAGGAAGACGCCUCUGUACUUCGCCGUGUCCAACGGGGACAUGACCUGUGCCGAGAUGUUGCUGGCGGCUGGAGCGAGAACCGACCUGGACCCGUUGCAAUGCAUCCUGGUUGCUGUACGAGCCGAGAGGUACGAGCUGGUGCGGCUGCUGCUGUCCUACGGGGCCGAGGUGAACUGUUACUUCAGGGUGAUCAGUAACACAGUGUUCCCCACAGCCCUGCAGUACUGCCUCAGGGACCGGGUCAUGCUGCGGCUGCUGCUCAACAGCGGAUACCACGCUGACAAAUGUUUCCAGUGUUGCCAUGCCCAGGGUGAGGAAAUGGACAGUACCUGGAUUGACCUCCAUAACCAAGUCUACCAAAUUUACAGUCAACCUGUUGUGGUCCCAUUCUGUGAGUUUGUGUCGGUGUCGUGGCUCACCCACCUGGCGGGCAGCGUGGUGAGGAUGCUCCUGGACUACGUCGACUACGUCAGGAUCUGUCCCGACCUCAGACGCAUCCUGGAGAGGAGGCCGGAGUGGGAGGAGAUCUCUGACAUACUGAGCAAACCUCGGUCCCUGCAGCACUUGUGUCGAUUGGUGAUCAGACGUCACAUGAGCCUCAGGGCGCUGAACGACCCCAAAGCCAUGGCUGCUGCUCCUUUUCCCCCGAGACUGAAGAGCUACCUGACCUACAGAGAGUACGACCUGUACGCUGACCUCUCCUCGACGUGAAAAACUCAUGUUAACAAAGCACUCAUUAAUAAUUUCAACUGGAAUAUCUUUUAUAUGUCACGUGUUUAUGAGAAUAAUUCCUCAAAGGUUCAAAAUGUAUUUCUACCCAUCUAGUAAAUAUGCCAUAUAUCAUAUCACAUGUCGUAAGCUAUAAAAUGCAUUAUUUAUUCCUGUAUAGAUGAGAUGUAAAAGGUUUCUGAAAUAUAUAAGCUACAAAUCCAGUGUAUGUUCCUUCUAUUUUGUAAUAAAAAUGGCU